GCUCUCCCGGCCGCUCCGACGCCCGCCGCGCCGCGUGCCGCUCGCCAGCCCCGGGGGAGCCGCGCACGGUUCCCGGCCGCGCGUCCCGCUCCCCGCCCGCCCGCUCGCCGCCGCCGCGGCCCCGCCGCCCCGCCGCGCUCGCCAUGCCCUCGGCCAAACAAAGGGGCUCCAAGGGCGGCCACGGCGCCGCGAGCCCCGCCGACAAGGGCGCCCACCCGUCGGGCGGCGCGGAUGACGUGGCGAGGAAGCCGCCGCCGCAGCAGCCGCCGCCGCCCGCGCCGCACCCGCAGCAGCACCCGCCGCCGCCGCCCGGCCCGGCGCACGGCAAGGGCCACCGCGGCGGCAAGUCCGCCUCGUCCGCCCCCGCCGCCGCCGCCGCCGCCGCCGCCGCCGCCGCGUCCUCCGCGUCCUGCUCGCGCAGGCUCGGCCGGGCGCUCAACUGGCUCUUCUACCUCGUCCUGGUGGCCGCGGCCGCCUUCUCGGGCUGGUGCGUCCACCACGUCCUGGAGGAGGUGCAGGAGGUGCGGAGCAGCCACCGGGACCUGUGCCGCCAGCGGGACGAGCUCGGGCAGGGCUUGCAGGGCGUCGAGCAGAAGGUGCAGUCUCUGCAAACCACCCUGGGGACUUUCGAGUCCUUCCUGAGAACCUUCCAGCAUAAGCAAGAGCUCGCGGAGAAAGUCAUGAAGCAAGGGGAGAGCGAGAUCAACCGGAUCAGCGAGGUUCUGCAGAAGCUCCAGAACGAGAUCCUCAAGGACCUCUCGGACGGCAUCCACGUGGUGAAGGAUGCCCGGGAGCGGGACUUCACGUCCCUCGAGAACACGGUGGAGGAGAGGCUGACGGAGCUCACCAAGUCCAUCAACGACAACAUCGCCAUCUUCACCGAGGUCCAGAAGAGGAGCCAGAAGGAGAUCAACGACGUGAAGGCGAAGGUGGCCUCUCUGGAGCACUCGGAGGGGGACGAGCAGGAGCUGAAGGCCCUGAAGGAGGUCGUGAAGGACAUCCAGGCCUCCCUGAAGUCCAAAGAGAAGGACCUGGAGGCCCUGAGAAGCACCCUGCAGACCAUGGAGUCGGACGUCUACACCGAGGUCAAAGAGCUGGUGAGCCUCAAGCAGGAGCAGCAGAAGUUCAAGGAGGCGGCCGACUCGGAGCACCUGACGCUGCAGGCCCUCACGGAGAAGGUCCUCCAGGCGGAGGAGGCCACCUCCCGCCUCCCCGAGGAGGUCCGGAGGCUCGCGGAGGAGCUGGGCCAGCUGAAGGCCCGGUCCCUGGAGCCGGAGGAAGAUGGGCAUUUCAAACACUCGGACGCCCUCGACGCGCUCCAGAGGAAGAGCCAGGGCUUGGACGCCCGGCUGCAGACAGUGGAGGACGGAGUCCAGGCCGUGCAGACGACCGCGGCGAGGCAGAGCGAGAGCCUGGAGACCCUGCUGGCCAGGAGCGAGGCGUGCGAGCAGCGCCUGGCCGCCCUGCAGCAGCGCCUGGACGGCAGGGACUCCGCGGAGGACACGGACAGGGGCGGCCUGGCCAGCACCGUGCGGAGCCUCGGGGAGGCCCAGCUCUCGCUCUACAGCGACGUGGAGGAGCUGAAGAGGAGCCUGGGCGAGCUCCCCAGCACCGUGGACGCGCUCCACAAGGUCCAGGAGCAGGUGCACACGCUGCUGGGCCAGGACCAGGCCCCCGCGGGCCGCCUGCCGCCAGAGGACCUGCUGGACAGACUGUCCUCCCUGGACCACCUCAAGUCCUCCGUCAGCCAAGUGGAGCAGGACUUGAAGAUGCUCAGGACUGCCGUGGACAGCUUGGUGGCCUACUCGGUGAAGAUCGAGACCAACGAGAACAACCUGGAAUCGGCCAAGGGUCUCCUCGACGACCUGAGGCACGACCUGGACCGGUUGUUUGUGCAAGUCGAAAAGAUUCACGAAAAGGUCUAAACGGAUUGUCUUCGCAGGGUGCGGUUGAAAGUCCCAAUUUCUCACGACCAAAAAAAAAAAAAAAAAGGAAAAAAGUGUUAUUUUUCUCCCGUGCGCCCCUCCCCCUCUCGUUCUGGUCCCCUCCGAAAGGGCAGAGGACCCCACUUGGAGCACCACAGCAUUUUGUAUUUCCGUGCGCGGUUAAUUUAUUUACGGUCCUUACCACACACCACUGGUUUCUCAGGCGUUCAGCUUCUGCUUGGCUUCCUGAGGGCAGCAGGGAUGUCUCUGGUGUCAGAGAGCAGGUAUGGUUUCCCUGAGGAUGAUCCAGCAGAUGGACGCCAACCUCACAAAAGCCUGCCUGGCUGGCAGAUCGGAAGCAGAAAAAAGUGGGGGAAGGGGCAUUUUUUCUCUCUGAUUGUCUUUAAGGAAAAUUCAUUUUACUUUUUUUUUUUUUUUUUUUAAUCCAGAAGAAGGAAGUGUUCGGAGAUGUCACUCAUUUUUUGUCUUCCACUUGAAACUGGUUAAAACUCAGAAAUGCCAGCUCCGAAUCGGGAGGGGGAGGGCCCCUCGUUUUUCAGACGAGAAGCAGCGGGUAGGGACUGUGGCCUCCCCUGCUGAGGGUGUCCUUUUCCUCUCCCUGUCCUCUCCCGGGUCCUCUCCCCGUCUCAAAGGUAACUAUGCAAAGAAUCCAGACGGUUCUGAAUGAAUGUGAAGGCACAAUGCCCCACAGAGUCCCCUGUGGCCGACCUGUGCCGCCUCUUGGUGGGGACCCCCCAAAAUGCACAGGUUUAUAAUCCCUGCAAGGGGAGUCCUUGGAUUCUUUCAGGAAAUGUGUAAGGGGGGCUGCCCACAAAGGCCUGGGCUGCCCCCCCGGAGGGAGUGGAGGCCUCGUCUUUUUAUUUCACCCCAGGGUCCGGGGAGGGUCAAGUGAGGAGCGCUUCUGUAGUUGUUUGCUGUUUCCCUCCCCUUCGGGCUGUGCUGUUCUUUAAUGGCUGUCUUGCCUUUCAAAAAAAAAGAGGAAAAAAGAAAACGAUAAAAAAAGGUUUGUUUAGUUUACUGUGAAAUGGACUGUAUGGCUUAUUUACAGUAUUUUUAAUUCUUAAUAAACACUUGAGCUUUGUUA